AUGGUUGGGAUACAUCGCACCGCCCAGCUUCUUGCUUUCGCCAUCGUUCUUCCCCGUCUCUCACACCAGAAAUGCACCGACGACGAAGACUGCAGCCUCAACGGUGUCUGCGGCCGUGACACCGCCUGCCGUUGCGAUGACGGCUGGAUCGGAGACGAUUGCGGUAUUCUCGACGUCCGCCCAGCCAAACUAGACAAUGGCUAUAACCAGACAGCCAAAGGGACAUCAUCCUGGUGCAACAGCAUCGUGAAAGACCCCCUGGAACGAAACCUACACCACCUCUUUGUAUCCGAGUUCAGCCACGGCUGCGGCCUCGACUACUGGGCACCGUAUAGUCGCAUCAUCAGAGCAGAAUCUCGUUCUGGUCCCGCCGGACCGUACGAGUUCGCCGCCCAAGUCCAGGGCACCUUUGCGCACAACCCGACGGUCGUGUACAGCCCUGCCGACAGAGAAUGGUUAAUGUACCACAUUGGCUGUCCGACAGACGUUGCCGAUACAUGCCAAAGCAAGCACUUCUCAUGCGGAGCUGGAAACACGAAUAACGGCGAGAGCGGCAUCGCUGUCAUGUCCAGCCGCGACCUGAGGAGCUGGACGCCCAAAGGCCAGAUCUUGAAAGGAAACAACGGCAGAGGCUGGGACGCAGACGUCACAAACCCCUCCGCCUUCCCGCUCUUCUCCAAGACAAGCUAUGGAAUUCACGGCCGGUUUGAUGACGACACCCCGGCAGUGCUGUUGGCCUACCGUGGCUGUCCGUACAAUUGCUCUGGCGAAGAGCUCAUCAAUGUUGCGAUAUCGGAAACCGGCUACGCUGGCCCCUACGAGAAGGUCCAGCAGGAUCCCGUCUUCCCCAAUGGCAACGAAGACCCGUUUGUCUGGCGCGACAAGAGAGGCAACUAUCAUAUGCUGCUGCAUUCGCUUGAGCCAGAGGGCGGGUUCGGAGACGGACCAAAGGUUGGCCGACAUGCCUGGGCGCGUGAUUACAAGGGGCCGUGGACUUUUGGCAGCCGAACUUUGGCAUUUAGUACCGAUGUUAGCUACGUCGACGGGUCUGUUAUUACCUUUUAUAGGAGGGAGCGGCCACAGCUGUAUUUCUCCGAGGACGGGACGAUGACGCCCCUGUUUCUGGGGACGGGGGUGCAGCCAAGGGAUAGUCCGAUGAGCUAUUCGGUUAUUGUGCCUGUUGGCGAUGCGGGUGUCCAUGCACAGGGGCCAUGA